AUGCCUGGCAUGUCGGGUCGACCUCGCGGCGCUGCCGCCACACCAUCUACCAAGCGAUCGAAUACUAAGAAGCCCGAGACUCCCUCAUUUUCGACAUGUACAAUGCUCGAGGAAGCUCGAGAAAAAAUACCGCUGUACGACGCCGAGAUUGGCGACGUCUAUCUGUUGACAUGGGACGAGGAGUGCCAAGAUCCGCAAGAGUGCAUAGAUCUGCUGAUAGACUUCAAGGAGGGUCGCCAGAGUCGCUAUGGUCACGUCGUUCCAGUCUACGAGCAUGGUGUACUUGUAGGCUUCAAGAUCUACAUCAGUAAAGAGCGUCCGCAUUUGAUCGACGCAAUCGUUGCGCACGGCUUUCGAGCUCUGCCCAUCUACACUCAUGGCAAGAAUGGCAUCUUGCAUAAGGCACCCGCGCUCCAACUCGAACACAUUGGGAUCGAGAGUAACGACAACCACGACUACCAGGAACAUGACCAUUCGUGCGUUCAUGCCGUAAGUCUCGCCGAAUAUAGCAAAGACUUCCAUUCCCGGAGUUACAUCCACUACACAGAUUCGCGCAAGUUCGAGUCCGAGAAAGACCUAGGAGUGUACAUUGGGACAGUCGCAGAAAGAGACAUGAAAUCUCUCCUUGAGCAGCGUGACUCUUUCUUUGAUCAAAAGCUUGCCUUUGCCAAAGCCUAUGACGCAAAUCGCGAAGGUCGUGACCAAGAUAAGGCUGCGAAUCAUUUGCCUCGACGUCCCCGACAGCAAAGCGCCACUACAUCUAGGAAUGAGGCCGAUUCGAAGUCUGUUCAACCUUCCGAGCAGCCGCUACCGAAGGACAAGUCAGAGGCAAAGGAGAAGCCAGCGAGCUCUGAAUCCACUCCUGGUGAAGCGGAUGACAUUGCGACUCCAAGCUUGGGAGUCGGUACUUCGCUGCCAGGAAGCACUGAGAUCGAUGAAGAUGGCGAAGACGGCGAGAUCGAGCCCACAUCCUCACCUGAAGAGACAGUCAGGCUGGCUAAGGCUGCGUUCGAACAACAUGGAGGAGACCAUUUGUCUCUCGCGUACAUCAAAGCUCUCGAAGAUCUCUCGCUGCACAGCACCGCCCUGGACGAAUUGAAGAGGAAGCAUCUCGAGCGAGAGCUGGAGGAACGAGAGAGACAACGAGAAUCCGCUGGAAAUCGACGCCGCCGCCGCGCUGAAUCCUAUGGUCAGCAACCUCCCCCAAAGCGGUCUCGGGGCGAUCAUUUCUCAAGCCGAGGUGAUGAUUCUCGUGGCUCUAGAGACGAUCGAUCUUCCACAAACCACUACAAUGGCACCGAAAAUUCGGGAAUUCCGAACAAUGUACAAGCUCUACGCGAUGGGGACUAUCACGUCAACUACGAGUACAGCAGCGCAUAUUCUCAAGGCUCCCGUUCAUACAGUCGGGUCGAUGGCUAUGAAGAGCGUGAACGCUAUCAACGAGAUGAACGCAUUGAGCGCUAUACUUUCGGUCGUGAUGAUCGCCAUGGUCACAAUGGUGGCUAUGAUCGAGGCGGUUACGGUCGCGGUAAUGACCAUAGUCACGACGGUCGCCAUGAUCGAGGUGGUCAUAAUCAUCGCGAGGCAAAUCGGGGAUCGGAUCAGUAUCAUACGAACGGUCAGAGCACAACCCACAGUCUUCGAGAUACAUUCGGUUCCUCCGCAUUCUUCUCCGACGACCAGUAUGGAAAUGCGUCUGCGAACGAUGCUUCGCUCCCCUAUUAG